AUGCGAGAGGUUCUCGCACUGAGUUUCGCAGCCUGGGUUGCUGUAAAACACUUCCGUGAACUGCAGCGACAAUCAGCAGGAUCCGCCAUCGCGGACUGUUUCACGGUGUUGAUAAAAUCACAUGUGCUUUACUUUGCAGCAUAUACCGCUGUUAAUCUCGACUUUCCGUCUCCAAAUAUCGUGGACUCGACUUCCGUGGGAGUGCAGGUCUAUUGGGGCGCUUAUCAGACUAUCUCCUUCGUGCAGCAGUUUGUGCUUGGACCACGCCUUAUCCUUAGCGUCCGACAAUAUCACGCUAAGCUUGUAGCUGAAUCCGACGAAGGAACUGCCAUGACUACAAUCGCUUUCCAGGAGCGCGUGCACGAGUCCACCGGCGGUGAUGUAGAGCUCCAAGUCAUCAAAAACACUUAA